AUGAGAAACCUCCUGAAAAAUCACAGAACGUUUCUGCCCAGACAUGAAAACACAGUGUUACAUGUCCAGCACGCAGGAAUUCCGAUUUUGUCAGACAUCAGUGGUCUCACACAGCAGAAAAGCCCCAUUCCUGCUUCGAAUGUGGCAAAUGUUUUACAAAGCAAGCCAACCUGUUCAGACACCGAAGACUUCAUACUGGGGAAAAGACGUUUUCUUGUUCCAAAUGUGGGAAACGUUUCUUACAGCAGUCGCUUCUGGAAAAGACAGCAUAGAAUUCACAUGAAUGAGAAGCCUUUCGCUUGUUCAGAGUGUGGGAAGUGUUACGCCUGGAAGUCAGAACUUUCUAGACAUCAGAGGAUACACGUAGGGGAGAAACCAUUUCCAUGUCCAGAAUGUGGGAAAUGUUUUACCCAGAAAUCUGAUCUUGUGAGGCAUGAAAGAAUUCACCGAGGGGAGAAGCCAUUUUCUUGCCCUCAGUGCAACAAAAAUUUUACCCAGAAAUCUGCCCUUAUAAAUCAUCAAAGGCUUCACACUGGAGAGAAGCCCUUCUCGUGUUCCCAGUGCGGAAAACGAUUUAUACAGCAGUCACUACUCAAGAGACAUCAAAGGGUCCACAUCGGGGAGAAACCAUUCUCAUGUUCAGAGUGUGGUAAAUGUUUCUUGCAAAAAUCAGAACUCAGUCGACAUCAGAGAAUUCACAUUGGUGAAAAACCGUUUACAUGUUCAGAGUGUGCUAAAUGCUUUGCUCAGAAGUUGGAUCUGGUCCGGCACCAGAGAGGUCACACCGGGGAUGCAAUAAGUAUUUUACACAAAAAUCAACGUUAA